AUGUCUGACCAAGAUCACAAACAAGAACUAAUCACCCUCCUUGAAGAUAUCAUGUCAGAAAUUGACCUCAAACCGCUACACCCAAAGAACAAAAUUUUACUCUAUAGUCGUUAUCUCCUAUCGAAAUUCUCCUGGCAUUUUACUGUCGCUACCUUAUCAAAAACGUGGGUUUCUGAAAACAUGGACUCAGUAGUUUAUAAAUUCGUACGGAAAUGGCUUGAAAUACCCGUAUCUGGAACUUUAAGUAAUUUCUUCCUCACAAGUAACAAAUUUGGACUAAAAUAUACCCUCCAUCCGUCAAGUUCAGUCAGUGCCAAACAGUCUCUCGUAAAGCCUUAA